GCGUGUUUGAAAUUAUUUGGCCAGUGUUCCCAAAACCGGCGCGUGCGUCCAUCGCGUCCGCUGUACUCCUACGCUGCGGUUAUUCGUAUUACGUAAUUUAAAAAAAAAAAAACGAGUUAAAUGACUCUUUUAUUUAUGCUGUGUAUUUAAAAGGCUACGUGCAUUUAUUUAGUUUAUUUAUUGACACACUGUAACUUUUUUUUGGAUGUCAUAGCUAAGAAGAAACCAUGGAAAAGCCAACCAUGCACAUGCUGUCCGUCCAGGAAAAGGGCGGACAGACCAGACGGGCGAACCAGUACAUAGCAGCCGUUGCAGCUGCAAUCGGCGCGGUGGUGGCAGGCACCAUCCUCGCGUGGUCCUCACCAGCCUUACCCCAGAUCCAGCCGCCCGAGAAGAAGAAUGAGAACGUCACCGCUGAACCCCUGCCGUACGACCCCUUCGAGGUUUACAACAACGCCACUAACGCGACCAAUAUCACGGCCGUGUUGAUCAACCAGCUGGGACAGCCUGCUGACUUCUUGCUAAGUACCCAGGAAAGUUCUCUUGUAUCAUCAAUCCUGGCGAUUGGUGCAGCGAUCAGCGCUCUCCCAGUGGGGGUGAUCGCGGACAAGGUUGGAAGACGACCGACCAUCCUGAUGCUAUCAGUACCGUUUAUGCUCAACUGGUUGAUCACAAUCUUCGCAAACGGAGCCGGAAUGCUCAUCGCUGCCAGGUUCUUCGCUGGAUUGAGUACUGGUGGCAUUUGCGUAGCAGCCCCAAUGUAUAUUGGCGAAAUAGCGGAAACCUCAAUCCGAGGGUCUCUGGGAGCCUUCUUCCAGCUGUUCCUGACCGUGGGCAUCCUGUUCACAUUUGUGGUUGGAGCUUGGACUCACUGGAGGACACUAUCCAUCGUAUCUGCUGUCUUCCCUGUCCUACUAGUUGCCGUAUUUUGGUGGAUGCCAGAAACCCCACAAUACCUGCUGGCUAAGAACAGGCGCCGUGAUGCUGAGAAAGCGCUGCGGUGGCUGCGCGGCCCUGAUGCAGAACUCAGUGGUGAAUUGGAAGAUAUGCAGAAAGAUGUGGACAAUUCAUCCCGUCAACAAGGCGGCUUAGUCAGGAUGCUGACCAACCGAGCGCCUCUCAUGGCUCUCAUCUGUUCCCUUGGCCUCAUGUUCUUCCAGCAGUUCAGCGGCAUCAACGCCGUCAUCUUCUACACGGUCGACAUCUUCAAAUCCGCUGGUUCCAACAUUGAACCUGCCAUCGCGACCAUCAUUGUAGGAGUCGUCCAAACUCUAGCCACAUACGCUUCUUCCCUGCUAAUAGAAAAAGCAGGCAGACGAAUUCUUCUACUCCAAAGUUGUGUCAUUAUGGGAAUCUGUUUGAUCGUACUCGGUACAUACUUCAAGCUCAAAGAAAGCGGCGCAAGCGUUGCCGCUGUCGGUUGGCUUCCUUUACUCUGUUUAGUUCUUUUCAUUAUUUCCUUCUCAAUGGGUUUCGGUCCAAUACCUUGGAUGAUGAUGUCUGAACUGUUUGCUGCUGAGUUCCGUGGUACUGCAUCAGGGAUCACAGUUGUUACCAACUGGUGUUUAGUAUUUAUUGUCACUUUAUGCUUCCCUAUAAUGAAGGUGUCAAUCGGGAUUUACAGUUGCUUCUGGUUCUUCAGCGGAUUCAUGAUUGCUUGUGUUUUCUUCGUGUUCUUCUUAAUACCUGAAACUAAGGGCAAGACUUUGUCACAGAUUCAAACAAUACUCGGCGGCAAAUAGUAAGGCUGGCUUGUGUACAAAUAUUUGAAUACUCAGUGUUUGUUUUGUGAAUGGUUUUUGGAUGUUACUUUGACUGUACACAUUUGAACUACUAAGUACUCCGUUCGUUUGACUGUUUGUAAUAGAAAAGUUCAAGACCUAAUAUAAGGCUGAUCUCCCUUUUUCGUUCCAUUUAUCAAGGUAUAUAGAUAUUUAGGGUUCAUAAUAAUUUGCGUAUUGAGCUCGAUCCGUCUGGGUGCCUUUUCGUCGUUUGUAGAACCGAGUAUUUCACGGCCUUUGCUCAUAAUUUGUCGGGCAUACCCAUCAUGUCAUUUCCGAUGCAAUCCCAUAGAGAGAAGCAGGUUACCUGGCCCUAUAAAAUUAGUGUUUGAAUGCAAAAUCAGGCAUUGGUCUGUUAAAAAUGGCCGUACUCCUUUCAAAUUGUAACUCCUUAUUGUUAUUAUAUCUUCAAAUGCUUAUAAGAUGAAGUUCACUCACAAUAAUGUUGCUAAAAUUCUAAAGUUGUGAAUAAAGUUCACCUAUUCAAAAGACCUCUUUUAGUAUUUGAAUGGUUUAAUACCAUCAGUCAAGCGCUAAUUAGUUAAAACAAAAAACUUUCCACUAAAAUUUUGAGAUCCUUUUACGCAACAAAUACCCUAAUACUUUUAAAGUUACUGCUCUUAAUCCUGUGAAGUUAGGUUUAUCUUUUGUGUACAGUCAAAAUGAGCACCAAUUAUUAUUGUAUAUUUUAAAGCAUAUCAUGUAUAAUUUUGUUUUGGGAGCGCAUAAAUAGAUCGUAAGUCAAAAUAUUUUGUGGUCUUCCAGCGAGGACUUCGAUAUCUGUAAACAGUUUAAAGUUAUCGACUGCUUUGCAAAAGUUGUGUUCAUUGUUUUAUGUAUAAUCAGCGUCAGAUAUAAUAUAAACAAAUACUGUAUACAUAUUUACAACCAAAGAUUAAAAAUAUAUAAGAAUAGGCCAAAAAAAGCUGAAGUAAAUCUUAAUAAUAAUAGUUUCAUGACUGAAUUUAUCUUUAGUAAAUUAAUGGCACAAUAUUCAAACGUCUCGUAUGAUUUUUGGCAUUUAGUCCGCAUAACAAAUAUCAAAAUUGUUCGCGUGUGAUUUGGUAUUUUCAGUAUUCAGUCGAAUAUUAUUUUGAAGCUAAAUCUAAUCUUAACCAAAAAUGUUAUCAAUACAGCUACUAAUUUUAUACUGUGGAUACAUGAGUAAGGUAAGAAAUAUGAGUAUAAAAGUACUUAUAAUAAGUAUUACUCCAAUAAUCAAUAUUAAUAAUCAUAUAUCUGAUGCUGACUGUACAGAAUCAACUGCUUUUAAAUUAAAUGACUUCAUAUUUUUAAUGGAUGAAAUAUUUAGUUAGUAAGAUAAAUAUAGGUUUUUGAGAUUUUGUACUUGUUGAUUUUAUUUAUUUUGUGAUUAACUAAAGGAACACAAUAUUAGAUGUUAAAAUAAAUAUUUUUUAAUAGACGUAGUACUUAUUUUAUUAUUGUAAAGAGAACACACGUGCCAAAAAUCAAUAACGUAACAAUAGUAAUAUUAUAAGUUGUGCAAUAAAUAUCUAGGUGUUUAACUUAUGUAUAAAAAGAACAAGGCUAGUUGUUUUUAGCUCGAUGUAAGCAUUCAUUGGUUAUUUAUUGAUUUUUAAUUAAAAAAAGAUAAAAGAGACGAUUCUUAAAAAAGUAUAUUUUAGAAAUUAAACUCCUAAUUGUGAAUAGAUCCAUACACUCAUUGGUUUGUUGGUGUAUGGCCGACUAUUUUCAAACCCAUCUGGUUGGUCUUCCAGUAGAAGUUCUAAUUGAAACGAUGUUCACUAUAAUAGGAACCUAUGCAGUUUUUAAAAUUUUGACCUUUUCUGGAAUUGUAAGUUUCAAACAAGUCGGACGUAGGCCAACAAACUAAACUAAGAUAAGUAGUUAUAAUAUAGUUUAUUGACAUUAAUUGUAAAUCAUACUUAUUAAAAUAAAAAUAGAUCGAAUAAAAUCAAUAUUUUAAUACUUUAACUUGCCACCUGGCUAACGUCUGUGGAACUCGAGCUUUAGAACAAUAAUAUUAGAUAGUUUAUUUAUUUAAGUAAUUGCUUUUAAAAUGUAAUUAAUAAUUAAAUAUUUUUUAAUAAAAUAAUUGAAUGAAAAUUAGUUUCCAUUAAAGCAAACUCAUGGUCACUCUAGUUCUUUUUGCAUCUCUUUCGAAGCCCAGAAAUAGAACGAGACGAAAAUAGUUGUCGCCAUUUUGAUGGUGGCGCGAGUUUUUGAAAUAAGAAUAAUUUGAAUGUUGUAUAAUAUUUUUUUUAAUUAAUUUUCAGAUAAAUUAUUUCGAUUGUUGUUUUAUAAUGUUGACAGUAUGAUUGUUAAUUUAUGUUUAACUGGAGGUUAAAACUGUGAAAACAAUUAAAUUAAUGUUUAUAGAAAA